AUGGUCAUUUUCUGGUAGUGUACGACUGCUUGGUUGUCUAUGGGGAUUGACUGUUCUGUUGUGGUGUAUUUUUCAUCAGUUGCCAUCUUAUACAGGACAUGUUUCUAGGCGUCUUGCUAAUUCAUCAUACAUUGUGUGGAUAGUUGGCCAAGGCAUUCUUUCUCUAGCAUCCUUUUUACUGGUAGACAUCUUAUUAGCCUGGCAGCAAGGUAUUGCAACCAAAUCAGAUUCAG